AUGGGUGGCCAGUCCGCCAAACACACGGAACCUGAAGCUGCUGCUGAAACAAACUUGUUUGUUUACAGACGGAAGAAAAAGAGGAAGAGGAGGAGGCGUCGGUCGGAAAGGGGGAAGGCGUCCCCCAACGCAGACACCACCAUCCUCUUCGUCAAAGGAGACGACUUCCCUGCCAACGAAAUCGUGAAGUUCCUGCUCGGUUUCUCCAACAAAGGACCGGAGAACUUCGUGGUGGAGUCUCUGGACGCCUCCUUCCGUUACCCACAGGUACCACGACCUUUAACCUCUCCGAGAAGUAGAACUCUGGCAGUGAUGCUGAGAACCUCUCAGAACUUCACGGCGCUGCAGCUCGGCAUCGAGGUUCCCGCCAGCCGGCAGGCCACCUUCGAGUACUCCUUCAUCCCCGCCGAGCCCAUGGGGGGGCGGCCCUUCGGCCUGGUCAUCAACCUCAACUACAAGGACGCCAACGGGAACAUCUUCCAGGACGCCGUGUUCAACCAGACGGUCACCAUCACGGAGCGCGAGGACGGACUGGACGGAGAGACCAUCUUCCUCUACGUCUUCCUGUCGGGCCUCGGGCUGCUGGUCGUCGUCGGGCUUCACCAGCUGAUCGAGUCCAGGAAGAGGAGACGCCCAGCGCCAAAGGUGGAGAUGGGGACCUCCAGCCACAACGACGUGGACCUCAGCUGGAUCCCUCAGGAGACCCUCAACCAGAUCAUGCAGAGUCGCAGAGACAAAGCGUCUCCCAGAAGAUCUCCUCGCAAGAGGAACCAGAAACGCUCAGCCGGCUCGGACGAGUGA